CGUAUGAUGAAAUUUGAUGUGAAUUUAGUUAAGAAUGACCGAAACGUGAUUCUACCAAAUAAGUGAUUGUGCUAGAUUGCCAACAUUGCUCAAGUACAACGUGCUUUCUAGAAUAGUAAGAUGAUACAUCUUAGAAUUUUUGUUUUGAAGAAAUUACACGUGGAUUAACCUAACGAUUGUGUGAUUAAUUCUUGUCUUUCUGCGAUCCCUUUAAAUCGCGUUGUUAUUUUUGUGUUUGUGACGUACUGUCAUUUUGUUUGAAUGUUUCAACAUCAUGUCAGACUUCCCGGAUCCUGAUGAAGAGUUUGAAUUGAACUAUGGAGAUGAUCUAGAUCUUCUUAAUGAAGCACCUGAAGAUGAACCAGAUUUUUGUUACAAGCCUCCUCCCAAGAUAGCAUCAAGGAGAAGUCUUCAAUUUGAUAAUCCCAAAGAUUCAGUAUCUUGCUCUUCUCCUGCCAGCCAAAAUAUUCAAUCGCAGAAGUCAAGUCAUGUAAAUAAUUCACUUAUAAGCAACAGGACUCCUGCUGAACCGGUGGCAGGUCCGUCAUGGCUAAAUGAUGAUACUUUAGCUGACAUCGAAGAUGAAGAACAACUGAAGAAAAGGAAGGUUGAGGAACUGUUUGGAGAUAUAGAUGAUAUUGAUUUAAAUGAGUACUCUGUUGCAGUGAAGAAAAAGAAAACUGAAGAUGAAGUUGACAAGGAACUAAUAGACAAAAUAGUUUCUGGUAGACAAGAAGCAAAACUGAAAGCUCAGUCUUUGCGUGUUCUUCGAGAUGUGGACUGCAGUUCAGACACCAGUAGCAAACAAGAAAAUAUUUCAAAACGCAUUCCAAAAUGGCCGUUUGUUGCCAUUACUGCUAGCAACGGGGAACGUUGGUAUUUGCGAAAACAUUCUGAUGAGACCCUGCAUUUCCAGAUUUCACAAAUUGGUAAACAUGUUCAAACUCUUGGAUUAUUGUCAGCGUCAUAUUCCAGACUCAAAGAGCAAGCUGAGGAAAUACUCAAACAGAAGAUAGAACGGGAACAUGAAGCUGCUUUUGAAAAACGCCUUCAAGCUUUAGAGGAGUCGUCUACUGAUUCUGGAUGUGAGCUAAUGAGUGAGGAUGAAGAUGCUGCUUUAUGGGUGGAAAAAUACAAACCUCGCCAUUAUUUGGACCUCCUAAGUGAUGAAAGUAUGAACAGAACGCUCCUGCAAUGGUUGAAGCUCUGGGAUAAAGUUGUGUUUGGUCGAGAGAAAAAAGUGAAACCAAAACCAAAAGAAGAAUCAGAUCAGAGUAAGAAAUUCCACAAAGGACCAAAAGGAUCAUUUAAAAAGCCCUUCAAGAAAUUUGAACCCAAAAAUGUGCUGGAUGAAGAGCUGGAUGAACAUGACUGCCCGAAACAUAAAGUUGCUCUCUUGUGUGGUCCACCUGGCUUGGGCAAGACCACAUUGGCUCACUUGGUAGCUAAACAUGCAGGCUAUAACGUUGUUGAGAUGAAUGCUAGUGAUGAUCGCAGUCCAGAUGCCUUUCGCUUGCAGCUUGAAUCUGCUACUCAGAUGCAAGCUGUUAUGGGAAAACAGCCAAGACCAAACUGUUUGAUUAUUGAUGAGAUUGAUGGAGCUCCGGCUGCUUCUAUAGAUGUUCUAUUAAAAUUUCUUAGUGGAAAAGAUAUUAGUAAAAAGAAAGGCAAGAAGAAAGAGGUGAAAAUUUCUAGACGUCCCAUUGUAUGUAUCUGCAAUGAUAUUUAUGUUCCUGCAUUAAGAUCACUUCGUCAAGUAGCAUUCACCCUGCAAUUUCCACCAACAACAGCAAGCAGACUAGCUCAGAGGCUUCUAGAAGUGGCUCGGAAGCAGGGGCUGAAAACUGACAUGGGCACAUUAGUGGCUCUUGCUGAAAAAACACAAAAUGAUAUUCGGUCGUGCAUGUCUGUGCUUCAGUUCUUCAAAGGUCGAGGAACUGAACUGCGACUUACUGAUGUACAACGGUCAAAUGUGGGUCAAAAAGACAUGCAAAAGGGACUAUUCUCAGUGUGGCAGGAGAUAUUCCAAAUUCACCGUCCUCGAAGGGGCUUAAUAGGUGUUCAAUCACGACAAAAUGACAAACUUAUUCCUCUUCCUGACCUAGAUUCUGCGGAGGCACUGCAGACAAAUGAAGUGUCUCGAGCAAGCAGGAUGCAGUGUGUUCUUCAAACUGUUCAAAGUUUUGGAGAUUAUGAUCGUGUCGCUCAAGGUGUCUUUGAAAAUUAUUUAAAUAUGAAUCUGAAAGAUACCAGAUUGGAAGGUGUUACUGAAGGGUUGGAAUGGUUUUCUUAUUUUGAUGUGAUGUCCACACGAAUUCAUACAGCCCAAAACUACAUUCUAAUGCCAUAUCUUCCUUAUGCUUUUGUUAUUUGGCAUUUCCUGUUUUCUUCUUUUGCAUGGCCAAAAAUUACCUACCCAAAGGCGGGAUAUGAGGCGACGCAGCGGCGCCUCCAGACGCAGCAGCUGCUGCAAACGGCGCUGCGCGGCAUGGCGCCCGCGGUGCGCGCCUACACGCACGCGCAGCCCUUCCUGCAGGACACGGCGCCGCUGCUGCUGGACCUGACGGUGCCGGCGCUGCGCCCCGUCAGCGCGCAGCUCUUCUCCGCGCGCGAGCGCGGCGAGAUGGCGCACGCCGUCAGCGUCAUGCUCGACUACAACCUCACCUACGUGCAGCUGCGCAACGCCGACGGCGCCUACGAGAACCUGGAGGAGCUGGCGCUGUUCCCCGGCAGCCGGCCCCGGCGCGCGCUCGCCUACGGCUGCAAGCAGCUGCUGGCGCACGAGCUGGAGAUGGAGCGCGUGCGGCGGGCGGAGGCGCGCCUCGGCCCCGCCAACGCCCCCGCGCCCGCCCCCGCGCCGGCCCCCGGGGACGCGGCCCCCGCGGACGCCUCGCAGCCGCCCCUCGCCUGCCCGGACCCCGCCGCCGCGCCCGCCCGCCCGCUGCCCAACCACCUGCAGACGCUCAAGGCGCGGCCCGUGCGCCCCGACAGUGCAAGGGUGGCGCGGGACUUCUUCGGGCGUCCUCUGCAGCAGACUCAGGCAGCUGCGGCCGCUGUCGCAGCGGUCAAGAUCGAUGAAAUAUAUUCGAGUUUUGAUGGAAAUAUAUUUGGCAUGCCGAUUGUGUGCGUCAACAUUUUUAUAUCAUAUUUCAAGCUCUACCUUAUUUCGUUCUCUGCAAAUAAUUUGCCCGAUUUAUAUCAUUCCAUUUUAAUGUUUUAUGUUCGAUAUUGCUUGUCUCACAAGUGUUGUGUUUAUGGCAGUUUCUUCUUGAGUAUUAUUUUAAUGAUUUUUAGUAGGAAGUGUGUUUUGUUUUUUAGAGAAUGUGGAACGGUUUGA